AUGACCACGGAAGACAUACUCAAGUCUUUCAUGCUACAGUCCAACAAGCUCAUGGAGCAGAACAAUCAAAGGAUGGAGAAGGUUGAGAUAGAUGUGCAAAGUAUGGCCACUCAUCUGAAGAACAUCGACACACAGAUCAUCCAGAUUUCCCAGACUGUGAGUACAAUUACGCAAUCGGGAAAAUUCCCUUCGAAUACCAUCAUAAAUCCCAAAGAAUGCAAAGCCGUGCAUCUAAGGAGUGGCACUGUUUAUGAAGCUCCCUCACUGCCUGCGAUCAUAUCUGAUACCGUUCUUGAGCCCAAGGCUGCCGUGGCAGAGAAGGAAAAUGAGGCUGAAAAGGAGAAUACUGGCACCACUUCUGGAGUAAAAGUGCCAUUCCCGCAGGUACUGAAUCAGAAGAAGAAGAAGAAAGAUGAGCAGUUCACUCGAUUUCUGGACAUCUUCAGAAAGGUGCAUGUGAACAUUCCUUUGAUCGAGGCACUGCAGCAGAUGCCUAAGUACACUAAGUUUCUGAAGGAGGUGAUAGCCCUGAAGACCAGUUGGGGGCAGGUUGACACUAUUAAUCUAACUGAAAAUUGCAGUGCUCUGCUGCAAAGGAAACUGCCUGCCAAGCUGAAGGACCCUGGAAGUUUCACUGUCGACUGCCUCAUUGGGGGCUAUAAGGUGGAGAAUGCUCUCUGCGAUCUAGGCGCGAGAUUAAUUUAA